AUGGAACUAGUCAUAGACAGGUUUCAAGAUAUGUGCAAGAAGAGUGACCUAGAUUUUGGGUGGAUCUCCAAAUUGGCAGAGAUAUGCAAUCAACAAGGCCUCAAAGUUUUCGACAGUUUCCGCCUUCCGUGUAACGAUAUAUUGAGACAAAUGACAACGGAUAAUUUCUUAAUGGGACUUGAGGAUUUGGGAUAUGUCGUUUCGGACAGAGCGCUUGGGGAAAGAACAGAGUACAGACAGGCGUUCAAUAAGGCGGUGUUAGAGACGAGAGAAAGGGACAGCGUUUCUAUGGAUAUGGUUGUUGUGGUGUGUCAAUUGGAAAAGAAGUGA